CGGGGUUUUAGCUUGAUCACGUGAUCAUAGUUGUUGUGGUGAAGUCGCCAUCUUGGAUGACAUUUUUCGAAAAAGUAUCGAGAGUUUAAACGUUUUAUGGAUUUUUACUCAUAUUACGACGUAUACAGAGUAGUGUGCUAUAAAAUUUGAAUCUUAAUGUCAGAGGAAGUAUGAUACUAUGGAUUCAAACCAAAUUGUUGUUGAAAUUACGUAUUUUUUAUAAGGAUAUUUCAAACUGAUGGCAGACAAUUUUGUGAAAAAAAUUUCAGCAUGAGUUUACAAAUAUAAAUGAUGUAUCCUACAUAAACAUUAAGCCUGCGUAUAGCACCAAUAUGGAAGAAGAUGUAGUACUCAGUCAUCUCCGUGACUCAAGCUACAAACAACGUUCACAAGUUCUAGAUGACUUACGGAUUCAGGUACGACGAAAUGGAGGAAAAUUGCCAUUAUCCAGUCAUUUGGAAAUGUACAAGGCUUUGUCAUUCACUUUGUCUGACAAGGAUUGGGACGUACGUCAUAAAUGUAUCCAGUUGAUAAAUGAGCUUGUCCCCCAAGCAGGGGAUGAGCUGGAUAUGUGUAUGUCUGUGAUAUUACAUAUGCUCAUACCAAAUAUGGGAGACAGUAAAAUUACAAUCCGUCGAGCUGUGAUUCAAACUUUGCAUGUUUAUAUGAAACACACAGAGAACCUAACUAGACUGUUCAGUGCGAUUGUGAAAUUUGGAUUAGAAAAUGACGAUCGUAAGAUUGUAAAAGAAGUGACUGUUGCUUUACCCAUGCUUUUUACUCAAGAGUUCAAGACAAGGAACUUCUUUGAAAUAGCUCAGUCAUUAACCAAAAAGUUAGUGGACUCUUCAUCAGAUGAAAAUAAUAUUGCCAAAUCUGCAGAGAUAAGUUUAGAAAAGCUCAAAAAUCUUGUAGGUGAAAGUACAUUCAAUAGCUACUUGCAAAAAUUGUCUCCACCAUUAAGGAAAUUUUACAUGAAAACCACGGGUAAUGAAAUACCACCAGACCCAUCCAUUAGAGCACCUCCUUCCCCAAAAAGGCAGUUGUCACGAAAUAAUAUUGUUAAUGAUGGUGGUUAUGUCGAUUAUGAUAACAACACUCAGAGACGUGAUGGCUAUGCAUCCAUGUACAACAAAGCCUCACCGAGGCGGCAGAUCUCACUCGAAGGAUUUGAAUUUGGUAUUAUACCUAGUCAUAUAAUGGGAAAACUAGAGGAUACUUCUAAUCAUCGGUCUAGGAAUCAAGCUAUGGAGGAAUUAUUUGAUAUAGUUCAGGACUUGGAAGAUCCGCAAGAACUUUUACCACAUGCUCAACAGUUUAUAAGUUUUUUGAACAAUCUAUUAGAUGAUCCCAAUUUCAAAAUUACUCUCGCUGCACUUGAUAUUCUUGCAGUUGUGGUUGAGAAAUUAGAAGGUGGUGUGGCGCCAUACUUGAAAUCAUUUGCCAGUGCUAUAGCAAAGCGAAUGGUAGAUAACAAAAUAGUGAUACGACAAUCAAUUAUGAAAAUUGCAAUGAAUUUAAUGCAUGUAAACACCUUGUCACGGCAUGAAAUCCUGAACACUAUAUGUUGGAACUUAAAUAAUCGAAAUUCGAGAGUGAGAGCUGAAACCUUAAACAUUGUUAUAGCUACACUCAGUAAAUUCCCUAGUUAUGAAUUUGACCUUGGUGAAAUAUGUCAAACGAUUGCUAUGAUGCUAGUUGAUAGCAAGAGACAAGUACGGCAAGCUUGCAUGGAAUGUUUCUCCCUCAUUGCACAAGCUAUGGGGGCAGGAAAACUUGGACCUUUAGUAAAGGCUGUAGAUAAUGUCGAGUUAAACGAUGGUGGGGAUGGUGUAAUGGCAGCUGUGCAGGCACGGCUAGCGCGUAGACAACUCCCUAAAGUGUCCCAAGAUGGUCUUGUAGAAUAUGCGAUUACGAUUCCAACCUCUGCACGUCUAGGCUCAAGUAAUCUCCCUGCAGGGGCAGACAUUGAAUGGAUAAUGCAAGCAUCUGGUGGUGGAGGGAACUCCGCACGCUCUACACGCUCAGAUACCAUAGAACUUGAGAGCCUCAGCUCUGCCAGUGCCAGGUCGACCCCCACAGUCCCCCCAGGGCCCUAUGAUAGCCCUAAGCGGUUCAUGAGUGCUGGUAGAGGCAAAGGGAAGCUGCCCUGGGAAGAGGAACAGGAGAGCAGGCUACCAUUCAGUAUGCACCCUAGCAGUGCACCAGUAGGUGGACAACAGAGUCGUUAUAGCAAAGAAGAUGAUAUACCUCCCGUAAAGACAAAGAAUACAUGGGAGGAUUCUCCUAACUCAAGUGAUGGUAAAAAGAUGAAAAAGCGACAGGCGGGAUUAUCAAGUACACAGAGGGACCCCUCCCCAGACAGUAACACUUAUAUGGGUAUAUACAAGCAAAAGGUGAAGUUCCAAACAUCAGAGGGACUGCGUGUUAUGUCCAGUACUCUUCCUGUGCGGGAAAAACAAGAAGCAGAAAAUGCUUUUACAUCCCAGAGUGCACCUGCAUCACAGAGAGGUGGUUUGUACAGUAACAAUGCUUCACCAACUAAGGCCACCAAAUCUCCAUUUUCCACAUUCAGUAACUCAGACAAGGCCUUCCAACGUGCAGACUUGGCCUCAUCUUGGCCUGACCAUAAACCAAACAAACCAAAACUUGAUCCUAUUUCAGCCCCAGAGACCCCCUCCGGUAUGUACCCACCUGACUGGUCCGAGUCUACUGAAGAUAAAAAAGGAAGUGGAAUAAAUGAGUCGCCAAUUCCAAUGAAACCAACAUUAGCACGAGGGUCUGCAUCGAGACGUCGUAAAGUGCCACCUAUUGCUGUCUCGGAUAAGGGGUCUGUAGAGAAUGGCGGCAAGGAUAGUGCGAGGGACAGUGCAUAUGCUGGUAGUCUCGGCAGUACCAUGGAAAGAGCUGAUGAAGAGGAUGAGAUGAUGCUGACCUCACUCAGGAAAAUACGGAACAGUGCAUCGAAGAAAAAAGCAAAGAAAAUUUGGGAGAAACUUGAACAGCAAACUUCAGCAGCAAGUUCAAGGUCCCCUAGUCCUGGAGAUGAAAAUCUUGGUGAAAGUGGCAUAUAUAGUCCAUUCUCUACCCUCAGUCCCCGUGAUGACGACUCCCCUCUGCCCUGGGGUACAGAAAAAAGCUACAGAAAGGGGGCGCUGAAUGGCAAACCAGAAUCUCCCUUUGAAUCUAAACCUAAAUUAGUCUCAAAGAAACCACCAAAGGCAAGCUUGAAUAAUAACCAUUCACCCGAAUCAGAGAACGCCCCAAUGAGAUCGGACUCGAAAUCAGAAAUAUCACUGGGUGAUUAUAAUCCAUUAGGUGGUGCCACAUUUAGGGAGAAUCACACGUCAGAUGUUGCGAUUGUUGGUCGUGGAUAUAGCGAUGACCCUAUAGUUGCUGAGCCCAAGCCUUCAUACCCUACUAGUAAAGCAAGGGAGAGACGUAGAAUGAACAAAGGUUCCCUGCUGUCCCCACUUGGCAUGGCCUCCAUGCACAGCCAUGGUUCAGUUGACAUAGAUGAUGAUAAAAUACCUGAUGCUAUAGUAGGUAGAGGAAUGUUUGAUAGUUCAGCUAGUGGGAGUGACCUACUAACCAGUAGCAGUCCCUCACUAGAGAAGGUAGAUGUCCGUCAGUCCAGGAGCAACAACCAAAGAGAUGCAAAUGAUCCGCCAGCCAUAUAUGGAGUUCGCAUGAAAAACAAUUCUCAGGAAGACAUUGAUGACCAACUGGAAUCAGAUGAUGAUAUGAGUAACUUCUCUGGUAUGUCGAUGUCAAAAACUAUGCGUGAUAAAAUGGAACAGCGUCAACUACAGAAACAGGAAGAGUCCGAGCGACGUCAACAGCAGAAACAAGACGAUGCCGAGAGACGACGAGCAGAAAAAGAACGUAAACAGCGGGAAGAAAAGGAGAGACAGGAUAGGCAAAAGGCUCGGGAGAAAAUGCGACUUCGUCAAAUAUCACAAGAGGACAUGUCAGCCAAGGUGCCUCUUGGGAAACCACCUGCAGCAUCAACCCCACCACGAAGAAAAACAAAAUCUCCACCAGAGUUUUCUCCAAGCUAUGAGAAGCGUAUUGGAUCAGGAACUGGUGCAUCACCAUAUGCAAAAGAUGAAGAAGAACUCACUCCAUGUAACAACCCUAGCAAUGUUAUGAAUGAUGCAAUGAAGGGAAUCAACAAUGAAGAUUGGGAAAUUAAGUGUGAAAGUAUCAACAACAUACGUAGGCUAGCACUCCACCACCCUGAUGUAGUUAUCCCUAAAUUACAUGAUGUUCUCCUAAAGCUUACUGCUGAGGUGCGUAAUUUGAGGUCGCAGGUGUCCAGAUUGGCAAUUGCAGCUGUUGGAGAUUGUUUUGCAAAUCUCAAGAAAUGCAUGGAUGCAGACUUAGACAAUACAGUGAAAGUCCUAUUGAACAAAAAUGGAGACAGCAACAGUUUUAUACGAGAGGAUGUAGAUAAAGCCCUCACUCAGAUGGUUGAAAAUGUCACCAGCCAGCGUGCUCUUGUGGCUCUAGUGGCUGGGGGUUGCAGCCAUAAAAACAUGGUGGUUCGUAAAACAGCUGCCCAGCAUCUCAUAGUUGUUAUUGAGAAGAUGGGACCUGGACGUUGCAUGUCAGGGAUAAAAGAUGUCACUGAUAAAGUGCUCCUGACAGCAGCUAGCUUUGUGGUGGACAACUCUCCAGAAACCAGGUGGUAUGGCAGGAAAAUAUUCCAGAUACUAAUGUCCCAUCAAGACUUUGAUAAAAUGUUAAACAAAUAUGUGACUAGCAAUAUCCGCACUGUGAAGGAUGUAGUUGAUGGUAUCAGGAGUAAAGGACUUGGUGACAAACCUACUGACACGCCCUCUGCUAAACCUAGGAGGUCAGGACAAGGGUCAAGGUCACGUGGCAGUUCUGCUGGAAGCUCCAUGUUGGAGAGUACAGCGAGUGCCACACCUUCAAGUUCAACAUCCAGUAAACGUCGCUUGAACUACAACUCUGAAGACAUUCAAGAUAUGGUGAAAGAUAUAUGUACCAUGCUCAGUAAUAAUGACUAUAGGGAAAGGAAUAAUGGCAUUAUGGAGUUCAGGAGACUAGCUGAGGAGCAGCCUGAUGUCCUGAAUGCUCACUCAGUCAAGAUUUUUGACAAAUUUAUACCGCGCUUGAAUGACUCAAACAGCAAGGUGAACAUAUCUGCCCUGACGACGUUCCUGGAGCUAAUACCAAUGCUACGUGACGUCCUAGUGGGCCAAGUGGUCAACCAAGUUGUUGGUGUGGUUGCCAGUAACAUGGCCUCAAACAACAAAGAAAUCUCAGAAAAAGCCAAAAUCAUAUUAAAUGUUUUGGUGGAACAAUUAGAUGGUGCUAUACUCUUACAACCAUUUGUCAACCAAGCAAGCUCUGACAAUCUGCGCAUCAAACCAGAUAUGAUUGAGAAACUUGCAAAUUUGAUACCAACUAUUUAUACGAGAAAGCGAGCCCAGGUUGCAAUGCACGUCCUCCCGUUGGUGUGGAAGCUGAUAGCUUCUGGUGCGAGUAAUACAAAGACAAUGAUGGUUAAACUAAUCAAAGCCCUACAUGUGGAAAUGGGCCAAGGACUUAUAGAUGCGGGAUCAACACAUUUGAAUCCAAGGCAACUCCAAACUUUGAAAGAUCUCAUAGACGAGAGGUAGCAUUAAGGAAAUCUAGGAUAUUGGAAUUAUUUUAUUUUACAUCUUUUACGAUCGAGAAGCGUCAAGGAUUCAGAAAUUAAUGGACAAUACUGGAUUAUGAACCUGCUAUGUUGGCAUGUUAUUUUACAAUACACGAUUGUAAAAUCAACAAUCCAAGAUUGUAAUUGCCUAACUGUGCUGUACUCUAGGACAGUGUUAUAUCGCGAACUACAUCUGGAAGGAUGUUUUAAUGGCUGAUAGGAUUAGAUUGGAGUUGGUAUGAUUUGACUGGUGGUUAAUUUAACAUUAUAAACAAUGUCGAAUCUCAUAUAUGAGGAAAUAAUUGGUUUCUUGAGGAUGACGUGCAUACAGAAUUAAAGACCUGUUGAAGCACAUAUGAGUUAAGCCAAAAUAUGACAUAUGAGUUAAGCCAAAAUUAGACAUGAGUUAAGCCAAAUAAGACA